AUGGACCACAUGCUGAAGAAGUUGCCCUUCUUGAAGAAGGAAAGCAAGGAGACCCAUCCACAAAUCAGCAGUAAUGACCCACGGCAGUGGAACAACCAAGAAGCCCACCCGUCCACUUCUUCGGCCACUCAAAGAACCACGCAGGUCUUACCCCUGCUUGUGAAGUCAGCUCCAGUGGACAUCAGGAAGAAGAUGCAGCCUCCAGCGCUGGUCCUGCCCGACUUGGUGCACAGGACAACUCCGAGGGCUCCUCAGCGGGAGAUCAAGGCUGGACAGAAGGAGCCCCCUCCCUUGCCAAGGAGGCCCGAGAGGGAAAGGGCUCCGGGGAGAAAACGCUCUCCAGACGCCAUCCUGCCUUCGUAUCCAGAACUCUCGGACGAGUGCUUCAGAAGUUUGUGGGAGAGCAGGAAGGCAUUGAAAGGCAGACCCGUCAAAGAAAUCUUGGAUCUGAUGGACGAGAGAGAAAUAUUAGAGACCAUCUUGGACCAUCUUCGUCCUUUCCAGAAAAGUCGAAUUAAUUAUAAUAUGCAUCCGGACGCAGAAGGGAAACCAACCCUCCCGUUGGAAACACACAGAAAGCUGUUCCUUCCUCUGCUCCUUCACUUUCUCACAACUUCUUUUUUGUUGUUCUUGUUGUUGUUGGCAAAGCAGAUUCCUUCAGACCACAAACUGCCCAGGAGGAAAACAAGCCCAUUGCCGCCCAUCGACCAGGAGCAAAGCACGUCCCAGGUCUUGUCUAAAGACAAGAUUAACCUAUACAAAUAUUAUGGCGUUAAACUGCGAAACUCAAGACAGAAGGACCUGGUGACGGAACAGCUCAAAAGCCUUCUAAGUUUUUCGUUCCAGGAAGAAACAGACCGAGAGGGAAUCUCGGAAACCAUUCGAAUGGUUGCCUUUUGCCACCUGCCUGAGAUUCUGGAGGUCCUGAAAGAGGCUGGACAUUUCAGGCAGCCCAAGGCACCUUUUGCGCUGGAAGCCACCAGUGAGGAGUCACAGACUCUCUCCGAGAGACGGAUUCGGACCACACUAAUCCUCUGCUACGGCCAGGCAGUCCUGGGAGCGCAAGUGGAAGACAUGGUGCCUCUCAUGGACAACAUUAUUUCAGAAAUACUCGACCAGUAUUCCACCAGGAACAAGGACGAAGGGCUGAAGACAGCGUUCAUGAGGUCUAUCAUCAUGAUCACCAAAGCUGUUGCCUACAGCAGGAGGCAAGACAUCCAUUUGCCCCAUAAACAGGAAUUGGUCAUAAACAUCAUUGAAGUCAUUGAAGAUCAGCCCUCGAGACCCUUGUCCGUUGUAAUUCUCCAUCAAGCGAUCGUCACCAUCACCUGCAUAAGGUACCUACCUGCUCCACCCUCAUCUUCCCACCAGCUCAGUAGGAACUUGGAGUUGGACCCAGUGAUGGGAUUUCAAUGCCAAGUCCCCAUGCUCUAG